AUGGCUUCAUCAGUCAGCUUUUCUGACUUGGCCAAUCUGGCAGUUGGCAGCCCAGAGACUGGGGCAUUAAAUUGCAAUGCCUUGCAUGCUCUGCUCCAUGGUAUUAUAAGGCAUUUGAACAUCCAGGAUGCGAAAGCCCUGGGAGAUGAGACGAUGCGUCUUAAAGAUGAAGGUCUGGCCAUUAAAGGAGGUCACAUUUUUCCCACCAGUCCCAUCCUUGACAGGUGGGAAGUGGUAAAAAUAAAGAAGAUGGCUGAAGCUAACAGAGAUGGUUUAUCCACGGCCAUGGAAUUAAUACAAAACAUGGUCAAUAUGCUGAAGAGCGUCCAAACCAAACAACUGGACAUAGAGAGCCAUCUGAACAAUCUUUCAGAUGAGUUUGAGAGAAAAAAAGUGGAAGAGGAACACCAGCUGAGUGUCCUGAAGGCAGACAUACUGGACAUGUCAGUUAAACUGAAAAAAAUGAGAAAGAAGCAAGAGCGAGAUCAAGCCGCUACUGAGCAAAGAGUGGCCGAUAACACCUUGCGCUUACAGGACCAGUUGAAAAUGCUCUGUGAGCUUGAGCAGAACAAGGAUGGGGAGACGCUUAAACAAAUACAAAAGAAAAUAGAACAGCUGGAGAAAGAAUGUGCAAAGCUCAAAAACACCACAAAUUCCUUGAUCCAUAACCAUGAGAAGUCAGUGGUGGAAAAUGAUAUGUUUUUCGAAGCUUUGAAAAACCUUGAAGAGAAGAAAGCAGACAAGGAUGUUGUAGAGGAGCAGUUGCACACCAAAGCAGAUAAAUGCUCCCUAGAACAGACAGUGAGCCGCACACAGUUUGAUAGUGCUUACAAGAACCUGUCUAAUGCCAUCAAGGGCUUGCUGGGCAAGGUGACAUUACAAGAACAGGAAUGGCAGAUAUCUCUUGGUAAAAUCAAGACCGAGAUGCAGAAGAAAGUGGAGCACAGUGAGUUGGACUUAUUGAAGGAUAACAUAGAAGAAAGCUCGAUGGCCUUAUCUCAAAAGCUGAAGGAAAGACCACCACCGGCCAAGCCUGAUGUGGCUGCCGGCAUCCGCAGACAACUGAUUCCCAUCGCUAAAUGUCUCUCCUGCAGCCAUCCUGUGGAAUUGAAGGUGCCUAAACCUCCUCAAGCAUCAGUUCCACACUUUCCUGCUUUCAGCAAGGCUCAACCUCUGGCACCCAUCACCGCCCAGGGUGUCCAGACUGUCCAUCACAAAGGAAAGCACGUCACAAAUUUCUCUUAA